AUGAGCUACGACAUCCCAGAUCCGUUUGUACCGCCUUUGAGGUUCAACACCGUGCAGAAAAACUUGUAUCGUGGUGCAUAUCCGCGAGAAAUUAAUCUUACCUUUCUCAAAACCUUACAAUUAAAGGUCAUAAUAUCAUUAACUCCUAACCCAAUAACGAAAGAAACAGAUCCUAUACUAUACGAAUUUGCCACAGCUAACAACAUUGGCUUGAUCCAUGUAGAAUGUGCUCAAUCAGGGAAGGGGAAAAAGAGAGGAGUGCCAAUGGGGUACACUACAGUUUUACAAGCUCUCAACUUCAUGAUUCACAACGAAUUCGCUCCAGUAUAUAUCCAUUGUCUCAAUGGUGGGCAGGUAACAAGUUUGGUGAUAGCCUGUUUACGUAAAUUACAAUUCUGGUCAUCAAUUUCAAUCUUCAAUGAAUUUAUUAAUUUCACAGCCAACAUCACAGUUAACGAUAGAAGCUUUGUAGAGGGAUUCAAAGGGGAACUCAACAUUAAUUCGGAGGAUAAAGUUGAUUGGCUUUGGGUAGGAAUGAGCAAAGGUGUAGUUGGAAGCCAUCCCAGAAUACGAGUUAAUGAGACUACGAGUUCUACUACAAGCAGUUCUCCAGUACAGGAAUCGAAAAUGCAGUUGAUGGAUUGCUAA